AUAAAAGAGCGAGCGACCAGCGAGAGUGGGGCAGUCACUUCCAAGUGUGCACCUGGGGCACUACGAUCGGGAUAUCUUUCAAAAAGCAAAAUGGGAGCAGUUGAAUGGGUAAUCGAUGAAGAUAAAUAUGAAUGUAGUCUCUCGGCGGAGACGCAGAAGAUUGCCAAGGAUGAACUCAGAGAGGACAAAAAUACCAGGGAUCAGGCUCUCGAGCAAAUGCGCAAUUGGAUCAAGAUGAAUCCGCGCAUUCAAAAUUGUCGUCUCGAUGCACGAUUCUUGCUAAAAUUCUUGCGAUGCAAAAAAUUCAAUGUCCCGAUGGCUCAAGAAGCCACUGAAAGAUAUUUGUUGCUCCGUCAAGUGUAUCAGCAGGCAUUCCAUAAGUUGGAUAUCACAGAGCCUAAUAUGGAAGACUUAUUGUCAUUGGGAUAUCUUUUUGCUGCUCCUGGUCGCGAUGCGAAAGGCCGCCGAAUUAUAAUUGCUAGACCAGGCGUAUUUGAUCCUCACAAAUACACGAACGUGGACAUGUGCAAAAUUCAUGCCAUUACUUAUGAGGCUUUGAUGGAAGACGAAGAGAAUCAAGUACGUGGCUUUGUACAUUUUGCCGACGGUGCCGGCGUUAGUUUCCCUCAUCUGACGCUUUUCACUCCCAAAGAAGCAGUGCGCAUCGUGAAAAAUGGCGAGCGUACCGUACCGAUGAGACACAAGGAAAUCCACGCGAUCAACGCGCAUCCCUCGGUGAAAUUCGCCCUGGACUUCGGGAUGUCAUUGAUUUCCGAGAAAAUCAGGAAUCGCGUAAAACUUUACACAAGUCUCGAGGAUGCCAUUAACAAUAAAAUGAAUGUGAGCAUGCUUCCCAAGGAGUACGGUGGCACCAUCCCUAUGAAAGAGAUGAUCGAUUUAUGGCGUAAAGAACUGUUGGAGAUGAAGCCGCUAUUAAUGAACAAUGAUAAGAUGACGGUCUAUCUCGAGCUGUACUCGGAGAAAGCGCGGGAAGGCGCGGUCUCGGCACUGAAACAAGGAUUCGGUUGUUCCAGCGUGGGCUCCAACGACACUACUAUGUGCGGCAUAAGCGGUUCCUUCCGGAAACUCGAAGUCGAUUGAUAUUUGCUGCAUCGAUCAAAUGCUAUCUCUCUCUUCUUAUAAAUAUGUCUUUUUUACUUAGAGAUAAGAGGCAGGGGACGGUCGAGAUACGGACUGGUUGAAAAUCGCACAGAAUUUUAGAUUAGUUCUGGUAUCAAGAGGAUGUAACUUUAUUUUUGUAUCUUUAUCUAAAUUACAAUACGCAGUACAAUCGAUAUAUAUACUAUCUAGAUGUUGCACCAUCUAUCGCAUUAUAUAGCAAGUGUUGUACAUAAUCUUUUUGUUAAUGGUUCACAAUUAAAACGGCAAGAAACAUAUAA